UUAAUGAGGAAAAUUGAUAUAAUCACAGGUGAUUUAUUUCUAUGUUUUCCUCUAAUCCUGGAAAUGAUUUAAUUCAUCUGUGGCGUGAUUGUUGGCAGGUAAUAUAACCUUAUUUCAAGAAUCGAAUUUCACAAGCUCAAACAUCAGUAAACAAUGCAGUUUAAAGUACAGGAAAGAUUAAAAACGACCUUCCUCUUAAUACCUUAAAUACUAUUUCAAAUUUGAGACUAGAUGCCAAGAAGUCUCAAAAAAAUAUGAUUCUAUUUUCCUCGUAGUCAACAGUAGUUUUUAUUUUUUUUAUGCACAAAUAUCGAGUGCUGUGUACUAUUAUGCCUUUUCUACAAGUCAACAAGAAACUUCUUCUCCUGUUUGUGUUUCUUGUACUGCUAUGGAUAUGUUUCUAUACUGAACCUUCCCAUCACUUCUCUAGCAUUUUUAUAUAUUUCUACAAGACAGAUUCAAUAAAAUGCUACAGAUAUCAAGGGGAAACCUUGCCCGAAAUAUCUACAGUUGAUGUUAGGAAAGGAAAAUCAAUAUUUUUUCACGAAACUUCUUGUAACUCCUAUAUCAAUGGAAAAAUUGUAAUUGCUGCAAGAGAGGCUUGUGCCGUGGAAUCAGCUGCUCUUUUGAACCCCGAUACAGAUGUAUAUUUACUAUUUACAUCGCCAGGGGUGAUUAAACUUGAAGGAACCGAAUCAGAUAGAUUCUUAAAAGCACUGAUGAGUUAUAAAAAUGUAAGACUUCAUCAUUUGAACUACAAGGCCUAUACAAAAGAUACUCCUUUGGAGGAUUUGUAUGAAAGUGGUAGAAUUGAAGCUAGUAACUAUGCUAUGUCUCAUGCCAGUGACGUGUUAAGAUAUUUGACCUUGUGGAAAUAUGGUGGCAUCUACCUGGAUCUUGACGUGGUUGUUAUUAAAAAUUUAGAAUCUCUUCCUCCUAACUUUUCUGGCUGUGAAUCUAUGGAAAAUGUAGCUGCUGGUAUUAUGGGUUUCGAAUCCAAUAGUUCAGGACUUGGUAAUAGUUUAGCUGAAGAAUGUAUAAUGGAUCUGAAAAGUCAUUUCAGCGGUACAAUAUGGGGCAACAAUGGACCUGGUGUCGUUACCAGAUUGGUUAAAAAACAUUGCCACGUGAACAAAAUCAAAGAUUCAAUCGGCAGAGUUUGUGAUGAUUUCAAAAUAUACCCACCUGAGACUUUCUACCCUAUUCCAUGGCCUUCUUGGGAAUAUUACUUCAAAGAGAAAUAUUUUGCCAAAGUCAUGAAUGCAACUUUGAACAGUUACAUAAUACAUGUUUGGAACAAACACAGUACAUCAUUACGGUUACCUUUGAAUUCUAAAAGCGCUUACUCAAUGUUUGCGAAAAAAUUCUGUCCUAAGGUGUAUAAAGAAUGUGAUGAGUAUUUUUAAGGCAGCUUACAUAAUUUUUUGGGUUGUAAGUAUUUUUUAAGCUUCAUUUUGUUAUUUACGGUUUUUAUUGUUUAAUUUAUUAUGGAGGUACUGGUAUUUUUAGAUUGACUAUUGGUAGUUUUUAUUGACACAAAUAUUCACUAAUUGUUUUCUGUUGAAUUGUAUUUAUUUCGAGAUAACCCGAGAUUUUCAAAAAAUUCACUAACUGUAUAUAGAUUAUUCUACAUUAAUUUAUAAUUAAAAAUUACUAACUAUAAUUCCACAUUGACUUAUUUUGAUUAUUAUACAUCAACUUAUAAUUUAAAAUUACUUAUGAUAAUAUUAAGGCAAUUGUUGUUUAUAUACAUUGAAAUGUUUGUUAUUUUGAUAAAUAAAAAUAACAUAAUUUUGUA